CUCAUCUCUUCUCCUCACUCCGCGGCCGCAGCGAACCCUUCCCUCCUCUCUCGCCGCCGCCGCCGAUCCCCACCUGGAAGCAGCGAGCCGCCGCCUCCUCCCCAAUUCCUCUCCAGAAUGGCCGGGGCGAGGAGCCUGCUCCUGAGGCACCUCCGCGUGGCGGUGGCCCCUUCCUCCUCCUCACCGGCGGCGUCCCUCAGGCCCGUGGUGGCGCUGCGCGAGGCCCUGUGUGCCCGGCGGUGGAUGUCGUCGGAGGAGGCCAAGGGGUCGUUCCUGGACAAGGCCGAGGUCACCGAGCGCAUCGUCAAGGUCGUCAGGAACUUCCAGAAGAUCGACGACCCCGCCAAGGUCACACCAGAUGCACAUUUCAAGAAUGAUCUUGGUCUAGACAGUUUGGACGCAGUGGAGGUUGUCAUGGCUUUGGAAGAGGAAUUUGGUUUUGAGAUACCUGACAAUGAAGCUGACAAGAUCGACUCCAUUAAAGUUGCAGUUGAUUUCAUUGCUUCACACCCCCAAGCAAAAUGAGCAAAUCAAUUGUGUUAUACUCGUUAAUUUUCUAUGUUUUGUUGUCACGGAGCCUGUCUAAGGUGGAAGUCAUCUGCUGUCCGCAUGAUGUCCACUUUUGCAAUCAGCAUUGUACCAAUGCUACCGUUCUGAAUAUUUUCUUCUGCCUGUGGGUUUUCUGGACCAAAUAAUACUUGAUUCUGAGGCGGCAGCCCGCCAUCUUGUAUGGAGAUUUCGCUGGAUAUCAAAGGUUUAGUUUCAUGCCAAGAGUCUCA